AUGGCUCGAUUGACUUACGUCAAAGUCUGUGCGUUCAUCAUGGUUCCACUGUCUUUUAUAGCGGCGCUGCCAAGUAAACUUACCUAUAUUCUCGUCGCUACCAUAUUUUGUUUCUUGGCAUGCAUCACGAUUUUAGCGUGUGUUCACAUUUUUAGCCAACACAGAUCAAAAUCUCACAAUUCUCGUAGUCUGCUUCAGAAUUAUGUGGCUAUUAUGGUUCUGUGGAUUUUCGGAGGGCGGAUAAGAAAACGCUUUAAUCGGGAGGCAAACGACUGUCGCGAAGUACAAGAAAAGUUGCUGAUGGAGAUUGUGAGCAGCAAUCGAAACACCGUUUUCGGGCGAGAGUACAACUUUGAAAGCAUCCAGAACAGUGCAGACUUCAUAAAACUUGUUCCACUGACGACCAAGGCUUCUUACAAGGAAUAUGUGGGUAAGCCAUGCACACUCUUGUCAGCGUAGCCAUUAACCUAUCAAGUUCUUCGUGUCAGGGUUGCGUGACGACGCAAAGAACGGCUUCGUAGGAAACUAGCGCCCCACAGUUAUUGUGAUAAUCUGAAUGCACAUGAGGGCGGGGGAGAUACAGUCCCUUGAAUUGAUCCUAAACGGGUAUGAGCUGCCUAAAAGGGUAGGGUUUUCGGGGUCCCGAGAAUUUUACAGGGUAUCUAGCCUGUAAACACUUAAAUUGAUGGUUUAAAUGGUUCAGUAAAGGGUGUUUCUUCGGGGCAUGCACGUAGUAGUAGCCACAGGGCCUGGGAUACUGCUAAGAAACAGCCCAGGUUGAGAUUUCAUGUCAGAAAUAGGCCUUGCAUUUGCAGUCAGCAAUGAAGCAAGUAGACAAAAUAAAUAAAAGUAAUGCCUAAUUUUAUUGUUUCUACCGAAACUUUUAUUUUUUUUUCAGAUCUGACUCAUUGACUCAUUUGACUCAUAAAACAUCCGUUCUCCUUAGACUUCACUUAAAAAUGUCUUAAAUAUUUGCUUGCGAUUUCUCUUAACAAGACAGGAUCGCUAAGGGUGAAGAUGCGGUGUUGACAAAAGAAAAGACAAGUAAACUGGCCGUGACGUCAGGAACCACGGGCUCCCCAAGUAUGAUACCUCGUGUUCAGAGUCAAGCGUAUUUAUUCUUUAUGGCAAGAGCCGCACUCUCGAGUGCGAUGUAUUCGGCGUUUCCUGAGGUAAGUGAAGAAGGUACACGUAUUACCGCACUUCAAGAAAAACGCUCUUUCUCGUCAACACUAGCGGGAAGGGGGGUACCUCUCUAUAUAAGUAAGUGUAUUGACAACAGAGGGAAGUUAAAGGAACCAUGACAGCGAUGAAAGCAAAAGCGUCACUUAAACAUUUGAAACUUGAGUGCGAUUACUCUCCCAACUCGCUCACUUUGUAACAUGAAGGUUAACUCUCCUGCAGUUAAAUUCGUAAGGAAAAUUUUCAAGUCCAAAAAGAGAAAGAUAAAUUCUUCGUCGUUUGUUUUCGUUCUCGAUAAAAGGUAAUGUUCUAGUAGUGUUGCAGUCACCGCAAAGAUCAGAAGUGUACAAAAAGUGUGCUGCACGUGGAAGGUUGUUUGUUUUGCUAAUCUAAAUCAUUUGUGUCCUAGCUAAUUCCCUUAAGAAAUGGGUGGGGCCAAUUUUUUAAGGGAAAAUCCCUGGGGACGAGGUUGCCAGCUAAUUCAGAGCCUUGUGAUUCGUUUGCGAUCUAUUGGUCUUACAGUGGACCUCCAGGUUUUGUAUCGUAGCUAACCUGACAUUAUUUUAUUCUCUAAAUUGUAGACGUUUAAUCUUCAGAAAACUCUGGGAUUCUACAGACCAGGUAGAAACAUAGAGACGACUGAAGGCGGAAUUCCUAAAGGUGGUAUUAGCAAUGUUACACCAACCGGAUCCCAGUUGGCAAUAUUCUCAACGCCAGGUCCUGGCUUUCACAUUCUGGAAAGCCACGCGUCGUACUAUGUUCACUUGCUGUUUGGUUUAAAGGAUCGCAACAUCGGAACUGUAUUUUCAAACUUGGCCGCGUACACGUAUAGAGGUUUCCUUGAACUAGAGAAAAACUGGCAACGUCUUGUGAAGGAUAUUGAAGAAGGAAGUUUGGAUUCUGAUUUAGAAUUGGAUGCUAAGAUAAGAAGGUAAGAAUUAUAACCCACAGCGUAUUGGACUUUCAGGCUAUUUAAAAUAUCUAUUCUUUUGCGCCAAAAUAGCUCUCAACCAUCAGAUAAAAACAGUUCAGUGUCUAGCAACAGAAAAGCAAUAACGAAUAGGUAGAAAAAUGUUUAACGAAGUUAGUUCAACCAGUUUAUUGGAAAAGUUCUGAAAGACGAACGCACUGUUCCCAGGCUGUUUUCAGAUGCACGGACUCAGUGUUCUUAUUUCAAUAGCACCAGCGGUAUUCUCCUCUUAUGCGUUGCAACCACGUUGUUAUUGCUCAUCCAUAUUCCGACGAGUAGGAGAGGACCUUGUUAACGAGGUGGUACAAAUCCUAUGAACUGUCUAAAGUUUAUCAAAAUUAUAUCAAAACAGAUCGUGAUCAGUCAAACUGAAACAAAUGCGCAACAUCAAAUUGGCCUAAGAAUACUGGUAACGCCUUUCCAUCCGAGGCCUCUUGUAUCUCGUUUGGAAAAAAAGGUAAGAAAGAAACUUAAUUCCUUCGAUAUUGAUUGAAAGUGUCAAGUUGUGUCUUUGCAUACUGAGAGCCGAUCUCUUUUGUCUCUUAUCUCAGUAAUAUCAUGAGGUGCAACUCUCGCUAUUUUGGCUCUAGCUUAUAACUCUAGACGCACUUAAGACUGAGAUAAGUCGGCAUGUUUGUUUUGUUUUACAUUGUAAAUUUUAAUUACUAAUAGUAACCUUGAUCGUGCUGACCAUGAGAUCUCUAGGUGGUCUUUUUGGGAGUAAAGUCCUUUUUUAAUCCAAAAUAUUGAGACCACUACCUAGAAUAUGUUUGUUCAGUUGUGAAGUGCAACCAAACAUUAUUAUCAUCUCCUACAUGAGAGGCAUUUUCUCCUAUAUGAGGGGCAUUUACCUUUUUUUGCCACUUGUUCUCUUUCCUACUUCGUACUCAGUUGAAAGGCCAGCCAAAAGCAGUGCUCUAGCUGUUCUUUAAAGACUCGACCUAAGUUAGGAACAUGGAAGGGGAAAGGAGUUCGAUCCUUCCGUCAACCACGCCUUCUAAAGGAAGGGUCUUCGCUCUAUGUUGCCUUGUGUUGGAAUACAUACCUCUCGCAAAGCUUUUAAUCAGGACGACUGGUACGAGGACAAUAAAAGAGUCGAAAUCAAGAGAUCUUGGGUACUUACCAUUUACGUGGAAAAAAAACAGAAAUUCUGGUUGGAAAAUCAAAGCGGCUUUCCGUGUGGAAAGCUUCAGAAAGUAUGGGAUGUGAUUUGAGCCGAUGCAAUUUUCCCUCUUGUUUAGUCUUUCAGCUGAUUUGGAUAUUUGGAUAUUUAUUAAUUUAGCUUCGCCUAACUAGAAUACAAUCUUUAUGCAUGAAUACAUAAAAAUUAUUAGGCAGGGAGACCACCAUAGCCUAAACAAUUACCGUGGAUCCCUCGUUAAUAAAAAAUAAAGAAAGAAAUCGUUCACAAAAAAACUUAAUGACUAAAGCUACUGAUAUAUUAGAAGAAAAAUCAAAAGGAGCAAAACAGAAGUUCAAAUUGGUAGAAGCAGCACGUCGGCGGGCACAGGAGAGUCCUCGCUAUGUUGCACCUGGGAGAGAUUGUUCUCCAGGUUCUGAUGUCGUCAACUUCGUACAGGUCCACAGCCUUAUUGUAAUACUGAAAUAGUGGAUAGUACUUUGUAGCAGGCCGUCCACCCACCACGUCAAAUUUUAUAGUUUUAUGUUUAUGCACCAGAUUCCCACCCGGGUGGUUUGGGUAAAUGGUAAGCACUCUAGUGCCGGUUAGUGCUUUCAAUAACACUAACUCAGGAAACAAGUUACGAUGAAAACACGUGAACGGUAAAGAGUAAUAUAUUGUCAACACUGACUGUGGUGCUGUUUCAGUGAACUGAAAAGGUGUCUUGAACCCGACAAGAAACGAGCUAAAGAAUUACGAAAAGAAUUCCAGGCAGGAUUUGAUGGAAUAGCAUCAAGAAUCUGGCCAAACUUAAGGAUUAUACUCUGCGUAACUACAGGUAUGGUAGAAAAUAUUGCAGGCUUUUGUCUCUAUCAGAUAAGAGAAUAAAAGGGGACACGAGGAUAGAUCGCUUCUCGCCCGUCGCAGGCAAACCUUAAGUCGUUUCAGAACACGACAAUGAGCUCUGUCAUUGGCUAUAUUUUACUUUAUUUAAUAAUAAUAAUAAUAAUACUUAUCAUUUAUAUUGCCCAAAUUAACAUAAAAAUAUGGUCAAAUGCACAUUACACAGAUGAAGAAUGAAGAUUAAUAAAAUGUAUAUACAAUAUGAAUGCAAAACAACUUAAAAUAUAAGAUAAACGCUGUAAGAAUUCUGAGACGCUAAAGUAGGUUAAAAAGGCUUUUAAAAGGUUAAAAAAUAAACGUUAAAAGAACGUUAAAAAGGUUUAAAAGUACGUUAAGGUAGCUACAUGUAAAUGAUAAGCUAUUUUAAAAUAAUAGUUUUUGAGCAAGUGAACUUUUUAAAUGUAUUAAAGUUCUUUUCAUUCCUGAUAUGUAAUGGAAAGUUGUUCCAUACUUUCGGUGCAGCGGUUGAAAACGCUCAGUCUCGCAGUGUUUUCUUUGUCAUGAUAGAAGGGGCGACUAGUACUAGUUAAGAGAAUCCCGUCACUUGAUCGAAGAUUAACAUGACUACUUUCUUACUGUUAAAAGACUACCAAGAUAUUGUGGAGCUAAAGCGUAUAUACAUUUAAGAGCAAGUAUUACAAUUCAUCAUUGCAAUGUUAAUCAUUUCCAGUUCCUCGUUGGAAACCUGGCUCAAAACUGAUGCGAUUACAACGUUUUCUCUUGCCUCUUUAUUCAGGGCGACAAGAAUUGUAUGCAACAAGGCUGCGAGAAAAAUACACAGGUGACGUGCCUAUGUACUCUGCACUUUACACAAGUUCUGAAUCAGUCAUUGGUGUCAAUUUAUGGCCAAAAGAUAAGCCGACGUAUCUUCCUGUGCUGUCAGCUGCCUUUUUUGAAUUUGUUCCUGUUGAAAAUUGUCAUAAAGAACAAGCUAAGGUAGGUUUUCUCUGUACAGUAACCCGUAAAAAAAAAGUG